AUGGAGCCCUCCGAUCCUCUAGCUGCACAUCCGUGCUCCUCGCGCCUCGAAGCUCUACCCGUGGAGAUUCUCCAAUUGAUUUUCUUCUACAGUCUCGAGAUCAACUUGCCCCGGGCGUCGCCAUAUCUCGCGCGGGCACUCUCCAAGCCUAUCGUAUACACAUGGCUCAUCCGACUGGCGUUUAGCAGUGCCAAUACUAGCUCACGGCAGGGACUCUUCACACCUGACUUUCUCCCCCCACCCUUGGAUUUCUGGGACAUGGCAUGCCCUGGUCGGCAGCGGCUACAAACACAACUCCUUGAGUGUCGGUGGUGCACAUUGCCUCUCAUGAGGCGCUGUCAGCGGGAGUACGUGGAGCAUGUCAUCCGGCGCAAAUGUGCGAACCUGAGCUUCUCCGACGAGGGCAAACUCCUCCUGGGAUCGUUCGAUGACAUAUUCAAUGAUCUUGAGGGCUGUGAUCGGGCCCCGAGAGGCUUCCGCGGCAAAGGAGACCUUGUCCUCCCGGCGCGCCUCCCAGGCGAGGAAUCCCCACCCACCGUCGACCGCAAGGUGGCCAUCUGGCUGCAUCUGGGGGCCGUCCAAGUCAGAGAACCCAACGAAGUUUUCUAUGAGAAUGACCUCUUUCAGCUCCCAUGCGCCCCUGCACUGGGCGCUGGCCGAAUCCCCGAUAAAUUGCUGCAGGAACCGUGGUCGGAAGAACAGUUCCAAUUCUUGGAAUUGUUAUCUUCGGAUUUCUACCUAGAUGAAGAUGGUGCCGCCGCCGAGAGAUCAUCUGAGAUUACGACGAGGCUGAUUCGCAAGCGCCGAAUGGAACCUUUUAGCCGGCUGGUGCGCAUGUAUUUUCGUGCGGCCAACUGUCGAGUCCCCUCGCGAUGGCCCUUGCGGGACUCUCAUUUUGCCAUGAUCCAGCGAUGUAUGGAGGGACCGAAUGACCCCUUUGCCAAUGUGGUGUUGAAUGCGCGCUGGGAUGACAUUCCCACUUCGGCGCGCCAAGACCUGUUGUUGGCAUUAUCAGUUAAAUCCGAUAAGGGUUGA